CACGCCUGUUGGCCAAGUGAUGGGAGACAACCACGGAUACUUUGUUUUUAAGCACAGGGCGCGGACACACCUGACCCGGGUAUCUUUUCGUUUCGUUUGGAUUUCCGUAUGAAUGGAGCUGGAAAUUAGAUUCAUUCAUCACUAAAUAAUAAGAAGUCCGUUAUAAGCAGCGUAUAGGCAAGUUGUGGAAUUAUGUCAAUUUCACCAGGAUUUUUGCAGUGGAAGAGGAGCGAAUAACUUUAGCCAAUAUGCGUUUUUGGAUUAUGACUCGUCUCGCCCGACUGUCCUAUGGAAUAUAGCCCAAUAUAUCCGAACCUGCAUUUUGUCUCAUCAUCCCCCGUGAAGAAUAAACUAUUUGUUUUCUGCAUCAUGUUGUCCCUGUGGGUGUAUAUGAUAUAUUGCUGCGUCGGAUACUGUUCAACCAUGCCAAGUCUGAUGGUCAGUACAGCCAGCAGUAAACAUUCACAACAUCUCGAAACAGUUGACCCUAACAGAACUCAACCCCGACUCCAAAACGAAGGGGACUUGGAAUCCGAACACCAAGAAGAUCCGUUAGAUUCUUUAGAUCCGUUAUUCGGCGCAUCAUCCAGGGACGUGUUAAAUAAUGAGAAUGAUUUGGACAGCAGAGGAGGGGAGGACUGGGAUGAGAUUCGAAGCGAGCAGAGGACGUUGGAUAAUAAUGUCGUGUCAAGUCUCUUCAACGAGUCAGGGCCGGUGGAGAGUAAGAAGUUGCCCCAGGCGAUUAUCAUCGGGGUGAAGAAGGGAGGCACACGGGCGCUGCUGGAGUUCCUCCGCGUGCAUCCCGACAUUAGAGCUGUUGGGGCCGAGCCGCACUUCUUUGAUCGGAACUAUGACAAGGGGCUAGAGUGGUACAGAGACCGUAUGCCUGAGACUCAGGAGGGUCAGAUCACCAUGGAGAAGACCCCCAGCUACUACGUCACUAAAGACGUCCCUGCACGUAUCCACACCAUGUCCCCAGACACCAGGCUGAUUGUGGUGGUCCGAGACCCAGUCACCAGGGCCAUCUCAGACUACACUCAGACCCGCUCCAAGAAACCUGACAUCCCCUCCUUUGAGAGCCUCGCCUUCAAGAACAGAACUACGGGUCUCAUCGAUACGUCCUGGAGCGCCGUCCAGAUCGGGAUGUAUGCCAAGCACCUAGAACGCUGGCUGCAGUACUUCCCCAAGGAGCAGCUCCUCUUCAUCAGCGGGGAGAGGUUGAUCUCCGACCCAGCCGGGGAGAUGACACGCGUACAGGACUUCCUGGGGCUCAGGAGGGUGGUCGGUCUCAAACACUUUCACUUCAACCCAGCCAAGGGCUUCCCCUGUCUGAAGAGGCCAGAGGGGAAUAGUAAACCUCACUGUCUGGGGAAAACCAAAGGAAGGAUUCAUCCUAAUAUUGACCCUGAGGUGGUACAGAAGCUGAGGGACUUUUAUCAACCUUUCAACAGGAGGUUUUAUCAGAUGACGGGACAUGACUUUGGAUGGGGUUCAUGGAGCUGAGCGACGGAGACAUUGAGUGAAUCCGAAAUGGCACCCUCUUCCCUAUGUAGCACACUACCCUGGUCAAUAGUAGUGCACUAUAACAUUGGACAAAAUGGCACCCUCUUCCCUAUGUAGCACACUACCCUGGUCAAUAGUCGUGCACUAUAACAUUGGACAAAAUGGCACCCUCUUCCCUAUGUAGCGCACUACCCUGGUCAAUAGUAGUGCACUAUAACAUUGGACACAAUGGCACCCUCUUCCCUAUGUAGCGCACUACCCUGGUCAAUAGUAGUGCACUAUAACAUUGGACACAAUGGCACCCUCUUCCCUAUGUAGCGCACUACCCUGGUCAAUAGUAGUGCAUUAUUGAGGUUGUUGUACACUACCCUGGUCAAAUGUAGUGCGCUACUGAGGUGUUAUGGUGCCCUUUCAGACAGAGAUGUUGUAUAUUUCUUUGAGGGGUUUUAGGUUGUAUUUCUAACAUGUUGGAGAUAAUGUUAUAAUAUGUAUAUAAGGCAGCGUGUGUAAAAAGUACAGAAGUCUAUUUUAUGAUAAUUUAUUUCAAGGAUAUUAUGAACUCACUGAGCUGCCUAUCCAUGUUUGUUGAGGAUCAUCACACAUCUUUACAUUCCUGUUUCUAAAAUCUUCGUUUGAAGGGCAUUUUGUCAUCUUGAAAUUACCUCAGAAAAAUACAUGUGCAGGAAUUGUGGAAAUGAAAAUAUAACAGCACAAUUCUGUUACGGGUAGCAGCACUCGACCAGCAGGGUUAGGCUAGAGCUAUUGUUUUCCUUCAUAUACAUGCAAUGACUUUCUAAUGCUGCAUUAGCUCAUUCUCCCUGCCUUUACCACGUUGGUUUUAACAUGGCUGUACGAAUACCACACCAUCUCAGCAAAAAGGGUUCAAUCACAAAGGUUGGUAGAAUGACGACGUACAAAUAUUGUAACGACCAGAGAAUUAGUGUUGGGUCAUUGAACACGGAGGCAUCUCUGUAGCCUCAUUGUUUUUAAAAGAUGUUAAAAACCACUCAAGGAGUCCAAAUCAACCUCCUUAAGAUCAGCCUGACCUCCAGAGGCCUGUGGGCCCACUUCAUCCACCAGAUCAAUAUAUAGAACCCCCGCUGACCCCGUCAGGCUGGGUCCCAAGUGGCUCCCUGCUCACUUAAUCGUUCACUACUUGACCAGGACCCAUGAGGCAUUUAGGGAACAGGGAACCAUUUGGGAUGCCCUCCCAGUGUCACUAUGACAGCUAUAUCAAUACAGUAAUAAUUCAUCAUCACAUCAAUUACACGUGAGUGAUGUCACAUUACAGCUGAGUGAUGUCACAGUGCAGCUGAGUGAUGUCACAGUGCAGCUGAGUGAUGUCACAGUGCAGCUGAGUGAUGUCACAGUGCAGCUGAGUGAUGUCACAUUACAGCUGAGUGAUGUCACAUUACAGCUGAGUGAUGUCACAGUGCAGCUGAGUGAUGUCACAUUACAGCUGAGUGAUGUCACAGUGCAGCUGAGUGAUGUCACAUUACAGCUGAGUGAUGUCACAUUACAGCUGAGUGAUGUCACAGUGCAGCUGAGUGAUGUCACAGUGCAGCUGAGUGAUGUCACAGUGCAGCUGAGUGAUCUGUAGUCCUGUUGGGUAAAGUUAUCAGAUGUUAUCAUCACAGCCCUCUGUAGUCCUGUUGGGUAAAGUUAACAGAUGUUAUCAUCACAGCCCUCUGUAGUCCUGUUGGGUAAAGUUAACAGAUGUUAUCACCACAGCCCUCUGUAGUCCUGUUGGGUAAAGUUAUCAGAUGUUAUCAUCACAGCCCUCUGUAGUCCUGUUGGGUAAAGUUAACAGGACUGCUGUUGGAUCAGAUGUUAUCACCACAGCCCUCUGUAGUCCUGUUGGGUAAAGUUAUCAGGACUGCUGUUGGAUCAGAUGUUAUCAUCACAGCCCUCUGUAGUCCUGUUGGGUAAAGUUAACAGGACUGCUGUUGGAUCAGAUGUUAUCAUCACAGCCCUCUGUAGUCCUGUUGGGUAAAGUUAACAGGACUGCUGUUGGAUCAGAUGUUAUCAUCACAGCCCUCUGUAGUCCUGUUGGGUAAAGUUAACAGGACUGCUGUUGGAUCAGAUGUUAUCAUCACAGCCCUCUGUAGUCCUGUUGGGUAAAGUUAACAGGACUGCUGUUGGAUCAGAUGUUAUCAUCACAGCCCUCUGUAGUCCUGUUGGGUAAAGUUAACAGGACUGCUGUUGGAUCAGAUGUUAUCAUCACAGCCCUCUGUAGUCCUGUUGGGUAAAGUUAACAGGACUGCUGUUGGAUCAGAUGUUAUCAUCACAGCCCUCUGUAGUCCUGUUGGGUAAAGUUAACAGGACUGUUGUUGGAUCAGACCACAUUUAUUGGGAACUCAAUGGUGCAUUGUUGUGUUAUUGUUGUUGAAAUGGAAAUUCAAAGGCCGCGAUUCAAUCCGAUCGCACGUUGCAGUGCUCUUCACAUCAGAAAGUCAUUUCCAGCUGAGCCAACGUUAACAGAGGUUUACCUUGAAGGUCACCUCUGUGAAAGUGGGAACAUUACCUCUGUGACAGUGUGCAGCGCUGUAGCGAGCCUUGAAUUGAAUCGUGACCAACGUCUUGCUAUUCAGGGCCCACAAUUCCUUUCUCCUAAGUCUGUGUAUGGAUGAGUUUUAUUCAUCCCUAUACAGAGACGCCAAUGACAAUGUUUCUGCCCAUCAAAUAUGAUGAUAAUGUAUUGAUAAAAAAUCUGUAUUCAACUAUUUUGCUGUAUAGUUUCCAUUAUACACAGAUGUAAAUGAGGCCGUUGUGAGUAAAAUAACGUCAUUGUUGUUAUUUCUUUGAAGUAAGGAAUAUAUCUAUUUUACCAAAACAAAAUGAUCCUCUGAAUGUCACAUUGUCAUAAAACUACACUACACCUUUG